AUGUUUUUUUUUUUUUUUUUUUUUUUUUUAGAAACAUUUCAAUGUUCGAAAAGUCAAUUUAAAUGCGGAAACGGUUUUUGCAUAUCGAGAGAACAUUUGUGUAAUUUCGAAGACGAUUGCGGUGAUUUAACCGAUGAAACCGAUUGUAAAUAUCGGGAAUGUUGGCCUUCUGAAUUCAGGUGCGAUAAUCAGGAAUGUAUACGUCCGGGUAUGGUUUGCGAUAACGUUCCCGAUUGUCGGGAUAGUUCUGACGAAACCGGAUGUUUAUCGGAAACUUGCGACGAUGGUAAAAAAAUUCACAAAAAUACAAAAUGCAACGGUUGGCCAGACUGCGAUGAUCACAAAGACGAAUUAAAUUGUAAGUUAAAUUUACGUAACUGUGAUUUAUCCUCCGGGAAUUAUUUUCAAUGUCCCAACACGAGAUGUUUAAGAAAAUCUAGAAUUUGUGACGGGAUUUGUGAUUGUUUAGGGGAAACCCCUUGUUUCGACGAAAUUAAUUGCGAUGAUUAUUAUACAAUUGUUAACGGUUAUCAAAUGUGCAGGGUCGGAAGUACGAUUUCAUGCAGAACGACCAUAAGCGGUGUGACAAUUGAAAGAUGCAUAUCACACGAAUACAUUUGCGACGGUUUUAACGAUUGUUUAAACGGAAAUAAUAAUUUAUCCGAUGAAUAUGGUUGCGUUUCCGGUGUCGACGUAUGGAAAAAUAUUUUGGAACCAAAUGGAGAAAAAUUUAUUUUUUGCGGGGGUUUAGACCAGAGAAAACUUUCCCAUUCUUUCAUUUGUAAUUAUCAAAUCGAUUGUUUAAACGGUGAAGAUGAAUUAGAUUGCGUUUGGCCGAAUUGCACGGAAAACGAAUUCCAAUGUGAUAACGGUUAUUGUAUACCGAUAAGAGAUAGAUGUAACGCUCAAAUUGAUUGUAGUGAUAAGAGUGACGAAAUCAAUUGUACAGGAUUUAAAUGUAUCGUCGAUAUCAGAGAUUUAGAUGAAAAAUCAAAUAAAUUAAAACAAUGCGAUAACGGACAAUGUAUAAAUUCAAAUUUUUGGUGCGAUUUUAUACAAGAUUGUUCGGAUGGUUCCGAUGAAAAUAAUUGCGGAAAUCAAAAAGAAUUUUGUACCGGAAAUGAAUUUAAAUGCGAAACUUCCGGUCAGUGUAUACCUAAAAAUGAAUAUUGUUAUAAAAAUGAAAAUUUACGUCAGGGUUGUGCCGAUAAAUCACAUUUGAAAGGUUGCGCUAAUUUCACGUGUCCCGAAGGAACAUUUAAAUGUAAAAUGGGACCUUGUUUACAUACGUCACUUCUCUGCGAUGGAAAAUUCGAUUGUUUGGAUUUUUGGAUGGACGAAAAAAAUUGCACGCACGAAUGUUUUGAAUUUUGCACGUGUAUCGACAUAACGGCUAAUUGCACGGGUCUCGGUUUGCAAACGAUAAAAAAUAUCGAUAAAAUGGAAGAUCCUUAUAGGAAAUUUUAUUUUGCUAAUAAUAAUUUAUCGAAAGUAUUAAAUGAAAAUUUUACUUACAAUAUAAGAUUCGCUAUCCUUUUAGAUUUAUCCAACAAUUCCAUUUGUUCUAUAACUCCUGGUAUAUUUAAAGAUCUUAGAGAUUUAAAAACUUUCGUACUUCAAAACAACUGCAUAACCGUACUCGAAAGUCAGACCUUCGAUGGUCUUUCUAAUUUAAAUGGUUUGCAUUUAGAAGGAAAUAAAAUUCAAACUAUAAAAGAAAAAGCUUUUUAUGGUUUGUCUUCGCUUCCGACGUUAAACCUUAAACAUCAAUUAAUAAAACACAUCGCCGAAGGAGGUUUCAUAGGACUUAGAAAACUUUCAAAUUUGGAUUUAUCACAAAAUAAAAUUGAAAUUUUAUAUCAUGGAACGUUUCAAGGAUUGCAAAAGCUCACGCACUUAGAUUUACGUGGAAAUCCAUUGAGAAAACUCGAAAGUGACGUUUUCAAAAGACCCGAACUUUCAAUACAAGUUUUACUUUUUGAUAAUUUUAAAUUUUGCUGUUUGGCUAAACACGUGCCAAAUUGUCAACCGACAUCGGAUGAAUUUUCCGUUUGCGAAGAUUUAAUGGGAAAUUUCGUAUUAAGAGUUUGCAUUUGGGUGUUGGGUAUAAUUGCAUCUUUUGGUAAUUUAUUAGUCAUAGGUUGGCGUAUGAAUUAUAAACAUAAAAAUAAGGUACAUUCUUUUUUGAUAACAAAUUUAGCUGUCGGUGAUUUUUUAAUGGGUUUCUACCUUCUUAUUAUCGCGAGCGUUGAUGCUCAUUACAGAGGAGUUUAUUCUGUACACGAUGAAGAAUGGAGAUCGUCGAAACUUUGCAGUCUCGCUGGUUUUUUAUCAACUUUAAGCUCUGAACUUUCAGUAUUUACGUUAAUAUUGAUAACGUUCGAAAGCUUUCUAGUUAUUAUGUUUCCGUUCAAAGUGACUCGUUUGCAAAUGAGCGAAAUACGAUGGGUCAUGUUAGGAGUUUGGAUAGCAGCCGUUUGUCUAUCGGGUUUACCAUUGUUAUAUAAAGAUUAUUUUAAAAAUUUUUACGGUCGAACAGCCGUUUGUUUGGCAUUAUGUAUAACAAUUGAUAAAAAUUCCGGUUGGAAAUAUUCUGCUUUUAUUUUUAUAUUUUUAAAUUUUAUAUCACUUAUAUUGAUCGCAAUGGGUUAUAUAUGGAUGUACGGGGCUGCUAAAAAUACGAGAUUAGCAGUUUCUAGAAAUUUAGAAUCUAAAAGAAUGGAACAAGUUAUGGCAAGAAGAAUGAUAUUUAUCGUCGCGACGGAUGCUGCUUGUUGGGUACCUGUUAUUCUAUUAGGAAUAUUAUCAUUAAAUGGUGUUUCCGUACCUUCCCAGGUUUUUGCGGGGAUUGCAGUUUUUGUACUUCCUCUCAAUGCUGCUGUUAAUCCAAUAUUUUACACGAUAUCAACGGCGACGUUUUUAAAUCCAGCUAAAAAAAAUAUAAAAAGAUUUAAUAAUUCAUUUAGAUUUUCACCUUCGGGUUGUGUUAAAAAUUCAACGACAAGUAGUAUUAUUACGCAUCCUUAA